GCUGAAAAAAAACAUACCAUUAACCGUCUGGCGAAGGUAAUACGACCCGUGACCUCGUCAAUCAAGUAUGAAUACCGUGUUUGUGACCUCAUUGGGCGUUACCUUGAAUAGCGACGCAUUGACGGGGAAGUCUCAAGGUUUCGAAUCCGGGGUACUAAUAGUAGGCGACGGCUGUCAACCUUAUCUGCAGUCUUUUCUAGGAAGAACGUCUUCAACAUGUUGACUUUCGGCUGAGCGUUAAGUUCAACGCAGUCCAAGAUGGCAGGGCUACCCGAGGAAGAAGGCGAGGAAGAAGGUGAACCAUUCGGGCCCUACCUGCCACCCUUAUCUCAACACCUGAGAGAAAACAUCCUUAAGAAAUAUCCAGACAGCGGACAGAUCCUAAAGGAACUGAUCCAAAAUGCGGACGACGCUGGCGCUACCGAGGUAUCCUUCCUCCUGGACCUUACCGACUACAACACACUCGGAGUCACGUGCAAGUACCCUGAACUACAGCAGUACCAGGGGCCGGCCCUGUACGCCUUCAACAACGGAAUCUUCACGGAGCAGGACUGGAAGGGAAUCCUGGCCACCGAACAGGGAGCGAAACGAAAGGACCCGUUCCUGAUUGGUCGGUUUGGACUUGGCUUCAACUCGGUGUACCAUAUUACAGACGUCCCGAGCGUGAUGAGUGGAGACUACAUUGCCAUCCUGAAUCCACUUUGCCAUCCUAGAGCCUUUCGUCAAGGCGGGCGACGCUACAAGAUCACCUACUGUCAAAGGUACGCAGAGUUCCUUCCCUUCUUAAACACCUUAGACAAGCUUGGGCAAGACAGACAUUACCCACACACGCUGUUUCGUUUCCCCUUGCGUAUCGCUCCAUCGGAUCUAUCAGAUACCAUCUACACGCCUACAAGAAUGCGGGAGCGCUUCGCAGAACUUCUUGUGGACAGAGAUUGUCUACUCCUCUUCCUGAAGAGCAUAGAGAAAGUUACAGUUAAGGAGCGAGAUGACCCCCAUAGCAAAACAGUUGUUUUCACCGCAAUUACCAAAUCCCACGGCAACAGGAAUCAGUGGGCCAGAUUUCUUGACGACGUUUCAAUCGGGAAGAGAGAUGUCGAGAGCUGCCAGUUGGUGACGAUAAGAACUGAAAACGCACAAGGACAGAAGAUGAAAGCUCAGUGGCUGGUGAAGAACAAAGUGUUUGAUCUUGUGAACAUGGAGGAAGAACAGCUGUGCACCCGGCAAGGAGUCAUACCUUGGGUAGGGGUGGCGAUGAAAGCACAUGAGCCUCCAAAGGGGCGAGUAUUUUGCUUCCUCCCCCUGCCUUCUGACCCAGAAAACUCCACGGGACUUCCCGUGCACGUUCAAGGAUACUUCGGUCUCAGCGACAACCGGAGGUCUGUGACGUGGGAAUCAUCCGACCACAGAGACGACACGACUGAGUGGAACGCGCUGUUGCUCACACGUCUCAUUCCUAAAGUGUAUGCAGAGCUCCUGAAGGCAGCCACAGAGCAUAUUGAAGAAUCACGUAUCAUGCCGUCCCUGAUAUACGACUCAUGGCCACACCAACUGUCACCAAGAUGGCAAGAGAUUCUUUCUCAAUUUGCAGUGGAUGCCAUUGAGUUAUCCAUAUUCCACACGAAGGCUUCAAACGGACAAUGGAUAUAUCUCUCUAAGAUUUACGCAAAUGACAUUGAUGACAUAAGUGUCAAAGAGGCAGUCGAUGAAAUAUUGCUUGGUGUAGGUGUCAAUGUUGCAACGCUUCCAGGUCAUGUACAAACUGCGAUAGCAAUAGGUGGCUAUAAGCCGAUUACAGUGUCUCCAUCUUUGGUAAGAGCAACACUGAAAAGGUUUCCUGCUCUACUGUCAAACAUUUCCUGGCAUAUGAAGCUUCAUCUAUUGGAGUACACCAUGUCUGACAGUUCCUACAAAGACAUGUCAGGCCUACAGCUCCUACCUCUGAAGUCAAAAGAGUUUGUGCAUUUCAGAGAUACAGGAAUUGCCUCAGAUGUAUAUUUGUCCUCUGAAAGACAUCCCGCUAGUCUUCUUCCAUGUCUCAACCAAAUGCUUGUUGAUGAUGAAAUUAACCCUACAUUGUCCCACCACCUGACGGCUUUGGCACGAACAAGGGUCACACAAGUUCGAGAGUUGACUCCAGAUGAUGUCGUGAGGCUCUUGACCUCUGCGCUACCCCAAGGAUGGUGUAACGAGUCUUUGAGUAAGAUUCUUUGGCAACCAGAUGAAGUCACACAACCACCGUUAACAUGGCUGGAAACAAUAUGGAAAUGGAUUGCCCAAGAGUUCCCCAAGUCUCUGACGAAGUUUGAAAGUGUGCCUCUACUUCCACCAUACACUCUACAAAGCAAGCAAAUCGUUCUCUUUUCACUUCGCAAAUUCGGGGCAAUGAUGAAGCAGGGAAGAUCUACUAAACUAAAUGGCAUUUGUGCCAUCAUGGAAAAAGUUGGCGUAAACCUCCUCCACACUCCACUUGCACCAUACAUUUCACAUAGUCGUAUCUCGGACUACGUUGUAUCACCUACACCGACCGGGGUCUUGUCUGUUCUCGAAGGGCGAGAGGCAUUGGUUGAUUUCGUCCUGAACAGAGAAGAGAAAGUCUUACUGAGAGGUUUUCUUGCAAAGAUCGAAGACGGCGACUUGAUGGAACAGCACAAAAUUGUUUUGAGAAGCCUUCCCAUCCUGGAAUGCCAGAAGAGUACAUACCCGUCCGCUCCGACUAAGUUUACAUCAGCCAAGUGUAUUUCUGUGGCUCUUCCGAACGACGACUGUCCUGAGGAUGUACCUCUAAACCGGUGGCUGCUAUCUUCACGUGAUAGUAGUUCUGUGAGCAUCAGCAGAAUACUAAAGCUUCAUAAACUGACGCUGGCAGAACUCUUAAUCGAAGACGUUCUACCCAUCAUGCCAGCCUUACCAUCUUCAACUGUGCAGAAUAUAAUGAUCUGGGUUCUUGACAGGCUAGACUCAUUACAGAUGCAGAAGGGUGACAUCAUAAGUCAUGUUAAGAGGAUUGCUUUCGUGACGCGGCGAGAUGGUAAAGUUGCAAAGCCGUCGGAACUUUUUGACCCUACCCCUCCUCAAUUCCAGGAUCUUUUCGCAGGUGAAAAUGUCUUUCCAACAGGAGCAUAUUGUACAGAGCCACAUUUGUCAAGGCUGAGGAUGUUGGGGCUCAAAAACACACUGACCACUACUAACGUUGUGACAAGUGCAGGGUUGGUGUCAAAGAUGGAACCGGGUGUUGCCAUCAUAAAGGCUAAAACGGUGUUGCGAUGUAUAAGUCGGAAAACAUCGUGUUUUACUGGAAGUGACCAACGAUUGCUUGAAGGAUAUGAGUGGAUGCCUUGCAGACGAGAGAGUCCAGAUGGUUACCCUGCUGAAUUAGGGUGGUUUGGGGAAAAUGUAGUGACGGCCACGCCUGACAACGUAGUAGAAAAGGCGAUGAUGAGCCUGGUAGGAUCAACUAUGCCCAUCUUAGAUGGGGAACCAUCUGAAGAGUUUAAGUCCGUGUUUAAGUGGCCCAAACCACCACCAGUCAAUAAUGUCGUCCAGCACCUGCAGUCAGUCAUCCAAACAUACAUUUCCUACAUGUCUAGUACGCCAAGUAAGAGCGUGGGGGCUCUUACUGACAUGAUCAUCCAGAUUUAUCAGCACUUCGCAGACAGACAAGUGACUCGUCAACAACUUGAAAGCGAAGUUUCUCGUUUCGAUCUGACAGAUUGGGUUUGGCACGGAAGUGGGUUCACGUCUCCUGAGAGAGUUGCCGUCAGCUCAGAUAUGACUUUUGACCUCAGUCCUUAUCUGUUCGUUCUCCCCACCCAACUCCCCUCUGACGAGAGGCUGAGAAAGUUCUUCUUACAGAUGGGAGUUUUCGACACGUGGCAGGACGAACAUGUUGUCAGGGUGCUGCACGACAUCCAGGGGCAAUGUGGGGAUGGAGAAUCACUGUCGCAGUCACAACUCGAGCUUUCCAUGAAAAUCAUCAACUUUCUGACGAAAAACUGCUCUCAAGCAUGUGCUUUAGAGGGUCUGUUAGUUCCCACACAUGACGAGGAUGGAAAGACCAGACUUGUGCCUCCGAAGGACUGUAUGUACUGUGAUAGCGAUUGGCUCCGUGAGAAGGGACACAACAAUCAAAUGGGCGGCUCCUUUCGGAUGCUACACCAAAGUAUUUCUCCCAAGAUGGCGAACCUGCUGGGAAUCCAAUCUCUGACACACAGGCUUGUUCAGCCCACUGCCCUUAGACCAGGCAUGCGAGCCUGCGGACAGAGGGAACCGAUCACAAGACGAAUCAAGACAAUUAUAGACGAGUACAAAGAAGGUUCUGGAAUCUUUUACGAGCUCAUCCAGAAUGCCGACGAUGCAGGCGCAACUGAAGUGAAGUUUGCCGUGGACUGGAGACAAAACUCGGGAUCAAGAAAGUCAUUGUUUUCCUCCGGCAUGGCCGCUUGGCAAGGCCCCGCCCUCUGGGCUUACAACAACAAAGUAUUCACAGACGAAGACAUGCAAAACAUCAAUGAAAUUUCUGGAGCGACAAAGAAAAGAGACACCAGCAAAAUCGGCAGGUUUGGUUUGGGAUUUAACUCGGUUUAUCAUAUAACAGACAUGCCAAGCUUCAUCAGUCGACACUAUUUCGUCUGCUUCGAUCCGCACAAAACACAUCUGGGACCCGUGGUGAACGAUAAUGACCCAGCUGAAGGGGUCCAGGUUGAAUGGAAUCGAGAUGAAAUACGAAACAUCUACAGAGAUCAGUUUGCGCCGUUCAACGGAAUAUUUGAUUGUAAUAUCUUCGACUCUGACACAUAUCCAGCAACGCUGUUUCGCUUUCCUUUCCGCACUGAAGAUGAGGCCGAAAAAAGUCAAAUCAGCAGCACGGUGUACGACCGUAAGCAACUGUUCAAGCUUUUAACCCACUUUGCUCAGAAUCUAGACAGCCUCCUACUCUUCACCCAACAUGUUCGCUCUGUCACAGUGGUCGAGAUAGACGAAGAGGGGGUAAGGAAGGAAAUGAUGCAGGUUAAGAGCACAGUCGCGCCACUGAUUAAGAAAUCCCCAUCACAUAGGCCUGAAGACCAACCACCCUAUCUUCUGCAAACAGCAUCAUCGUACAUGGAAGGCCAACAGACGAAACGUCCCCCAGAAGUUCCCUCAAUUCUAAAAGACGUCUUUGUGGAAGUCAUUGACAGCAGAAUAGCGACAGAAUCAGGGACUAGGAUAAACAAGAGGUGGCUAAUCUCCUCCUGCAUUGGAUCAGCUGAGUCCUUCAGGAUGGCGCAAACUGAACAGGGCAAGAAGAAUGGACUGCUACCUUGCGCAAGUGUUGCAGCUUGCCUCGACGCAGACACGAAUCUUCCAAUAAGUGUUGUCGGAAACGCUUUCUGUUUUCUACCUCUUCCAGAAUUCACGGGUUUACCCAUACACAUGAAUGCUCCGUUCGCCAUAUUCUCCAACCGUCAAGGAAUCUGUAAAAGGUCUGGUUCGGGUAUUGAGCAGUCAAUGGAAGUUGAGUGGAAUAAGUGCCUGCUACGUGACGCUAUCCCCACGGCGUAUCUUACCCUUCUUCAACAUCUUACACUGAUCCAAGGGAAUUCUGCAUCUCUCGUCAGUGAUCCGUUUCGUAUAUGGCCAAACAUUUCAAGAGUUGAGGAGGCUUUGUAUCGAGAUAAUCUCAUUCCUUGCUUCUAUGAGCAGGCCGUGAGGUCACCAUCGAAAGUACUACUCUCCUUGGACCAGAACUGGAUCUCCAUUGAAGAGGCAACCUUCUUACACCCGUCUCUCAGAGAUAGUGUGAUUGGUGAGGAAGCCCUGCAAAUUCUUAAUAUCUGGAUAGCUCAACAGCGUAAAGUUGGCAGGUCCACACAAGGGGCUGUCGAUAUACCUAGUUGGGUGUUUGAAGGCCUUCAAACGUGCAAAGAUCCAGGACCAACUAGCACGGCCUUCACGCUGAAUACCAUUUAUAGUGAGGUAUUCUACCCUGCAGUGAAGCAAGGUUAUCUGGCAAAUCACAGGUUGAUCCUCGACAGCUUCGUUCUUCAUCUGCUUGAUGUAAUCUUUGAUGAGAUUUCAAAGGAAAAAGACAUAUCGUUCACAUCUUUACAACAUCUCCCUUGUGUGCCAAGCUCUCCACAGGGUACCUUAUUGCGCUGCCCAUUUGAAUUGGUGCGCCCUGACAGUAAAGUUGGCAAACUUUUCGACGAAGAUGACCAAAGGUUUCCAUUCGGGGCAGAACUGAAGAAACCACGAAGAUCAAAAUCUCUGAGGCGACUUGGGAUGAUGGAAAAAUCUCUCCCCUGGGAAAUUUUGUGGGAACGUGUUAAGUCAUUUGACACAUGGUAUCCAGAUAUCGAUCAAGCUCUGAAAAGGAUGUCGUAUCUCUACAAAUUUGUCGUAGGAACGCCUGCCCUGAUCAAGGACGUGACGAACAUGACACAUCUAGCUAGAACCGCCGUGAAGCAUCUGGUGAUGGUUGCGGAGAAGCCACCUACGGAUCAGAAUAGCCAAUCAAGCCUUCCGACCUUUUGUCAUGCAAUUUAUGAGCUUCUACAGACAACCUCAUGUAAAAUACUAGCUGGGGAUAAGGACGGGAAGAGAGAGAAGAAAUGCAUUAUCACUGAUGACGUUGUGAGAAAAACCCUCAUCGACAUUCCAUUUAUCUACAUCACCAAGGAUGGAAAUUUUGUACGAACGAGAGAUCUGGCCUUUAGAAAUCACGGACGAGCUAUGACUGUGCUAAGAACUGUACCAGACGAACUUGAACCAUACAGGACUUUUCUGAGAUCUUGUGGAGUCAAGGAGUUUUUUGAGGCUGUAGACUUUGUGGGUGCACUGAAACGAAUGGCAGGCAAGUAUGGUUGCCGGCCACUUGAGGAAUCCGACCUGCAGGAUUCUCUCGCUCUUGCUCAUAACCUUGAAAGAGAACACAUUCAGCGUUUACAAAGUAACCGAACUGGUGUCGAAAUGUCAUUGAGGAGACAGGUUUUCUUGCCAGAUCGGGAAAAGGUUCUUCGAGCAAUUUCACAACUUGCGUACAACGACGCCACUUGGCUACCGGAGGAUCCAUCGAUUACCUACUAUGUUCACCCUCAAAUACCACGAGAACAAGCCGUACAGUUCUUUGGUGUGGAGACUGUAACAUCCAAACUAUUCGACCAAACGGCUGAGGACUUUUGUGACAUUGGAGAAGAUUUCGGCCAAACUGAAGAGAUGACGGACAGAAUCAAGGGCAUUCUGGAAUCAUACUCCACAGGAAUGGACAUUUUCAAAGAAUUGCUUCAGAAUGCAGACGAUGCAGGAGCAACUGAGGUCAAGUUCAUAUACGACACAAGGGGUCAUUCAGACGAAAGGAUCUUCGGCAUAGACUGGAAGCCCCUGCAGGGUCCAGCCUUGCUGGUCUAUAACAAUAAAACAUUCAGCCAAAGUGACAUCGAAGCAAUCCAGAAAGUUGGAAAGGGAAAUAAACAAGAGAAAGGUUCCACCAUAGGACAGUUUGGUGUCGGCUUCAACGCCGUGUAUCAUCUCACUGACUGUCCUUCUUUCAUCACGGACUCCGACGUGAUGUGCAUAUUUGAUCCUCACGAUCGAUAUGUCCCUAGAGCUAAGAUGAGAAAACCAGGGGGGCGGCUGUUCCCCGUGAAAGACUUGGAAGAUAAGUUUCCAGACGUCCUAAAGACGUUCAUCGUGCCUAAUGAAGGAGCCCCUUUAAAGAGAUCUACCCUUUUCCGUUUCCCUCUGAGGACAAAAGAAAUGCCUGUAAGCAAAAUUACAGAUAUUUUGUUUCCGCCAAAUGAUAUGAAUGACAUGAUGACUUUAUUUUGGAAGGAAGCUAACCAGUCCAUCUUGUUCCUCAAUAAUAUUGAAAAAAUUGUCUUCGCCACCAUCAAAGGGAAUGAUUCAGAAAUGCAAACGCCAGAGAGUUAUGUUGAAAACUGUGCUGUCAGGAAGACAAUGUUGGAGAAAGCACAAUCAAACCGUUCCGAUAUCACAAAUCACAUUAAGAAACACUCAGAGCAUGUUAAGAAUAAGUCGGGUAGUGCACACGGUAUUUUAUCCAUUCCACCCGUUGAGAGAACGUACCAAGUUGUUACAGAAGACACACACGACAAUGAGAAGACCGUUAGAAAUUGGCUUAUUUCUGAGAGAGUGGGAUUCAACAAGCGGCCAGACCUCCAUGCAGAACAGCUAUCAUUUGCCCGACUUAAGUGCAUUAUGCCACGCGUAGCUGUUGCUGCGCUGUUUGACGAGACUAGACUAGACGUAACAAAUGCCGUCCAAUCACUGCAAACCAGUGACAAAUUGUCUGGUCAAGUGUUUUGCUACCUUCCACUACCAACACCAACGACAUGUCUUCCAGUUCAUGUCAACGGCCACUUCGCCCUAGAUCCAUCCAGAAGGAACCUAGCAAGCAGUGGUUUAGGAGGAAAGUGGAACGAACUGUUGAAGACGCAGCUAUUAGCACCAGCUUGUGUGAGCUUAAUGGUGGAGUCCCUAUCACAAGUGUUGUCUGAAGGAUUCCAACUGAGACAGUACUGCUCACUGUUUCCUGUGGUGAACGAGGAAGCAGAGGCGGUUUCCUUCAACGCGUUAGCUGCUGAGGUGUACCGCAUCAUCGCAAACAGAGAUGAGAAUCUAUUGCCUGUAGUUGUAGAUACAGAUAAUUCCUCAUCCGUCACAUUCGAAAAGCCAAGUGACUGCUUGUUUGAAGUUGACGGCGACGUCAUAGAUGAUGAUGCAAGCGAAACGCAAAGAUGUGUCGCUAAGAAGACUCUCUUAUCCAUUGGAUGCAAAGUCGUGGAAACAAAGUACAUGGGCUGUAUCUAUAACAACUUUAAACAUGCUUGUAUCGAUGUCAUCAACUUUUCUCCACUUAGCACUGUCCAAUGGCUACAGUCACAAGACCUUGAAUGUGUGCGAAAUAGCUGUCUCAUUGAAGACGCAGAAGGUCUUAAGAAUAUCCUAAGCUAUUGUUUGAGUCCAGUUCGCAAGCAAUCUCACAACCUGAAUGACUGUCUACAUGACGUACCAUUACUUUUGGCUCAGGACAAAAAUCUCUACAGAUUCAACAAAGAUAAUCACGCGUACAUAUCCACAUACCACGCGCUUGUUUCCGCGAAGUAUACAUACCUAUUUGUGCACGAGUCCCUUCUUGAAAUGCUAUCCAAAGUACUACUACAAGACCCAACAGGAACAGCAGUCAAGUAUUUGGACAUCCAAGACUUAGCAUCGCUGGCAACUAGUCAUCCUGACAUCGUCCCAGAUGAGUGUUUGGCUCAAACAACCGGACACAACUCUUGGCGUCCAGAUGAGACCUUAACAAGACCAACAGCUGAAUGGAUUAAACUCCUGUGGACAUUCAUAGAUGAGAAAGCAAAGUAUGGGCACAGUCUGCACCCAAUUAAGUAUUGGCAGAUCAUCCCCAGCACACGGCCUUCUCUCUUCUCUCUUGCCAAUGCGAAGCUCACCUUCACGACAGACACUCAGGUCUCUCCCACAGUUCUGGAUAUCUUGAAGAAAUUGCACUGUCCUUUUAUAGAUGAGGGUCUUCUAAGAGUAAACGUCAUAGACAAAAACUUGGCGUCACCAGCUUCUAGUAAAGACGUGAUAACUGUACUUGAAGGUGUCAUGAAUGACGGGUACAGUCUCGAGGGCACUCUAGACAAGGUCGAGUGCGCCGCCUUACUCCAGCACCUGCAAAGAGACGCUGACGAUCUUCUGAGAAGCACUAAGUUAGGUAUUCUUAGAAAGCUUCCAGUCUUCGAAACUUUGGACGGAAUACUGAGAUGUAUCUCUGGUGUGAGGAAGGUACUUGCACUAAGUACCAAUGCGAAUACCAGUCAAUUGAAUAUCAACGCUCUUUUGGAACCCACGGGCUGUGUCGUCUUGAAGUUCAAUCCAAACCUGGUGAAACUAUACGAAGUAUUAGAGGUGACGGAAGUUAACCAAGUCAUACUGUAUGUCCAGCAUAUUCUUCCUGCCUUCCAUCUUGUGAGCAACAGUGAACAACGCAUGUCGUACCUGACUCAUAUCAAAGAUCAUCUACUGCCUUCGCUAAGCACACAAAGCCCACAGAGGUAUGAGCUGCUACAAAAACUGCAGACAACAGCGUUCAUUGCAAACAUUCACGGUAAACUGUUCACUGCUGAUCAGUUUUACAACCUCAAUGAGCCACUCUUUGUUGUAGCACAGGAACAUGUUGACUUUAUAAGAUUUCCCCCGCAGCCGUUCUGUGAUGACACCUGGCUAGACUUCCUGCAUGACGUUGGUUUACACACCAAGAUGGACCCGCAUCACUUUUUAAGGUGUGCCAGGACUGUGGAAGAGAAGUUACGUGGAAAAUGGGAUGAAGACAGCACAAGUCUUGAGCUGCUGGCCAGAGAAGUUGUGACUUACCUGUUUAGACAUGUAAAUGACCUUCUUACUGUGCUAGAAGAGGUAUCAGAGACACGAUUUAUUCCGUGUCACCAUCCUUCCCAACGUCUGACGGAUAUUCAGCCAAGUGCAGACAAGGACGCCGUCUGUUUCCGCGGGUCGGUUACAUCUGAUCAGGAAUCCUUGGUCUGGACAACAUCACUGGCUCUUCCCGAGUGGGCGCGUCCUCCCUCUGAUGACGUAACAAGACUGCUAGGGGUAUUAGAUAGGCCACCCCUGAAAGAUGUUAUCGACAACUGCGUGAAUAUCUGUUCCAAGCAAGAUGGUAAAAUCGCUAGAUCUAACUUGUGUCAGGUCAUGGAAAGCAUCUACCAGUUCCUUCAAGAAUCCUGCGCAGAAAUUUUUGGUCAUUGCUUUGAAGGCGAAAGGCCACCCUCUAGAGCAGAAUGUGACAAUUGUCAACUGAUCAACCAAAAACUUUGCACUGUCCCCUGCGUUAUCGUCGAAGUGGAUUCCAGUCAAAGUUUUGCUGUUGGUUCAAGGGUUGUCUUCGAAAUGAGCCCGGAAAACAAAGCCGUCUUUGAAGGAUAUCUCUACCGUCCAUACAGACGGUUAAGCCCGUAUGAACAGUUAUUCAAAUGUCUAGGAGCCACAGAGAGUGUAACACUGGCAAAGUACGCACUCAUCCUGAGUGAACUUGUGAAUAGGUUUGGCUCAGAUAGUCUACAUGAAGACGCCUUACCGUGGAAGGUUGCUUGUGCGGCAGUUGUGCGUAUCGUGGAGCUAUCGUGUGGAGACAAUGGGCCUGAACAGUGGCUCAGUUUCAUGUCUCAAACAACCCAACCAAUCCUUUACCUUCCUUCGGAAGAGAACACACUAGAGCCAUCACAAAACAUUGUCAUACUGGACGGCAAAAAUCACAAUGUGGAAGACCUCGGUCACAAACGUCUCACGAAUUGGCUAAAGCUUUCUCGAGUCGCUGUAGAGUCGAUCCCUAAACAGUUUCGCCCAGUAUUCUUGAGUGACAUCACUGAGGAAAAGUUCUCUGAACUCUCUACCCCAUGUGAGGAUGGAGCAAGAUGUCCCUUCCGCUCGUUUUACGACAAGACACUCCGAGAUGUGGAGUUUUGUCGCCUUUUGGCACUGAGCAUUUCUACCGGAGAAAAAUCCAUGGACAAAAGUGAGCUGAUCCCCAAAGUUCGUGACGGGCUUGCUAACAUACGGCUUCACUGCUACACAACUAUAGAACUGGAACUGUUUGACCUACAGAACGUAGGUACGUCAAGCAAGGGGAAAGCAAUGCAGGUGUGCCUGUCUUCCGUGAAAUCCGCGUCUGAAGACUCAACUUGUCUUAACAUGUUUCUGAAGCACAAUGCCAUAUUUGAAGAAAGCAGAAUUUGCAUGUCUUUCAAUUUGCAACUCGCAAAAGCUCUCUGUAAUGUGUUCCCGGAGUACGAUAUGGAUCUUGGGAAUGUUCUAGAAGAGUUGAUGCAGCGUCAACCAACAAAAGACACACUAGACAAGAUAAGAUACGAAGUUCUCCAGAAUACAGGGUAUGGCUACUCCUUGGGUUCUUCGGUUGAAGAACUCUGUAUUAUAAGUUUCAGACCAGACAUUAACUUGAAGGAGGGAAAUAUUGUAGCCUAUCGACUCCCCAGUGCCGGCAAGGGAGAAAAUGUUUUCCAGGCCAUCUUCGCAAAAGUCGUGAAAGAAUUGUAUUUAGGUGCGUUGCCCAUGGACCACGAGGAACAUGAAGUAGCUAAAGUUCCCACAUCGGGUGAAAAGUUAUCCUUGUUACAAACUGAAGGAAACACCGAACAAGCACAGGCCAAUGUCACACUAGACUUUGAACGUAUAUUUGAAAUAGACGCAAAUCGAGAUGAAAACCUUCUUGUCAAAGUAACCGAAAUGUACUCAUUGGACAAGGAACAGGCAGUACAAGUCAUGGAAAGGGCGGAGGCCAUGCAGCAUGUGACACAAGUUCUUGAAGAGGCCUGGGACUUAGAAGAGGACGACCACAAGAGGGUUGUGGGUCGACUGUAUCUGUACUGGCAUCCAAAGUCAAAUCCAAGUGAUGAAGACUACGCUCAGCAAGUGAUUGGACACAUUAGGGAUGAAAUCAAAAGAAUGCUCAGGGAGGAUGACGAAUACAUUAAAGAAUUCGAGGCGGACAUCCCGAGACCAAGACGCUCCCACUCUAGACGGCGGUCCGGGCGCAAGCGAACAGGCAGAAACAGAGAGAUGUCGGACUACGAUAAAAUGUUCAAUCAACUUGACGAUCUGACCAUCACCAAAACAACACAGGGUGGAGGCCAUGCGAGUGGUGGUUUCUAUGAGGAACGCUUUCAAUACUCAAGCGACGAAUCGCAAAGACAACGCACACGUCUCUCACCUGAUUACGGUGAAGCUCGCAGAUGGUUUCGACAGGCACAAACUGACUUCGCUUCCGCUAGACUCUGUGAGCAACAUAGAUACUACAGCAGCGCUGCCUCCAUGUGUCAUCAAGCCGCGGAGAAAGCUUUGAAAGCCGCUGGGUUUGCUGUGCAUGGAUCGAAGUCAUUCGAUCACAGACUCGACCGGUUGGCUAGCAAUGUUGCUGAGUACCAAUCCAACUUCUGCGAGGUCGUGCGUGUUACCUAUGACCUGUCGAGCCUCCACUGCAACAACAUAAGUCCACGCUAUCCAGACCAGUGGGCAAGCCCCACCAUCCCAGCUGACGCGUACAGGGCAACCGACAUCAGCAGCAUGCUGAACUUCACUGGCCAGAUCCUGACCCGAGUCUCUUCCCUGAUACCUUAACAUGAAAGAUUCAACUGCAGGGUACUAC